AAAAGAAGAGAACGCGAAAGCCAGCGAGAAUCCCCAGGGACGCUGUUCCAAGACGAAGCUUGGACCACAUGCCUUAAAAGAAUCAACCCUCUCUGGUUACUUGCCUUUAGAGUAUUCUCAUUUGCUGCAAUGCUGACUCUACUCAUUUCCAAUGUUGUGCGCGAUGGAGGCGGCAUCUUUUACUUCUAUACUCAGUGGACAUUUACUCUUGUCACAGUCUACUUUGGGUAUGGUUCGUUGUUAUCUAUUUACGGAUGCUGCAUCUACAGUAAAGAAGCGGAUGGUAACAUAGAGAGUUAUACAAGUAUAGGUGAUGCGGAACAAGGCACUUAUAGACCACCAAUCACCCUUGAAGGGGCAGCAAAAACCUCAAACUCUCCUGUUACACAUUCAGAAGCAGCUGUCCGAGAAACAGCCGGUUUUUGGGUUUACAUCUUCCAAGUCCUUUUCCAGGCAAACUUGUGCCGGUGCUGUUGUGCUAACAGAUAUCGUGUUUUGGGGGUUAAUCUACCCCUUUACCAAAGGCUACAGGCUGAGUUUUUGUUACUUCGAUCGCAGCUCGAUGUUUGUAUGCAUUCUCUCAACGCUGUUUUUCUCCUCGGUGACACAUGUCUCAACUCCUUGCGAUUCCCGCUGUUCCGGGUCUCUUACUUUGUACUUUGGAGCUGCAUCUUCGUGGCUUACCAAUGGAUAAUCCAUGUUUUCAAAAACUUAUGGUGGCCAUACCAAUUUCUUGAUCUGUCCUCACCGUACGCACCCUUAUGGUACGUUCAUAAGCUCUUCACACUUAAUAUGUAUCUCGUACUUGGGGGUGGCAGUGAUGCAUAUACCGUGCUUCGCCGUCUUUGCUUUGAUCAUAAAGCUGAAGAAUUCCUUGCUACGGCGUCACAGCUCGUGAUGGUUUUGGGUUCCACCACUCCAGUUUUCAUAUUGCUUAGACAAUGUGGAGAUUCUUGCUAA